AUGAAAAAUUUAAAAGAUUGUUUAUAAUCAGAAUAAGCUUAUAGGGAAACAAAAGAAUAUAAGGAGAAUAUAGAAAAUGAGUAAAUAUAUUAUUAAUCAUUUUAGCACUACUUUAAGAUAUGUGUUGGAGACAGUUGAAUAAAUACUGUAUAAUAAAUAAUCUGAACCUAUAGAGAUGGUUUUAGGAAUGAGAGUAAAUGUAUUGGUAUGAUUUAGCUGAUCAGUUAAUAAAAGAACUAAUGGAUCUACAUUAUGAGUGUGUAUUGGAUGGAGUAACAAAGAAUUUAAUAUAUUUGAUUGAAGAGAUCAUAAAAAGGGAUUCGAAAAAGAGAGAGAGAGGAAAGUAUUAUUUCAGUGAGAAUCCAGGUAGUUUAAUAUAGAAAAUUAGAUUAAAAAUUGAUGGUUUUGGGGAAUACUUUAGUGAGAUUAUCAUUGGAAAGCAUAUAUGUUUGGAAUUUAUGGCAUCCACAUAAUUCAGUGAUCAGUCAAAUGUAUGGAGAGAUCUAUGGUUUAGAUAUUUAAGAUUGAAAGAGAGUGGAAUAGAGUUUCCUAAGUUACAUUACUUUAAUGCUUAAAAAGUCAGGGAAUAUUAUAUGGAAGUAAAAGAAAGUUCAAAGAAUGGAACCUUAUAUAAAUAAGAGUGUUCAAUAUUAAAUGAAUAAUGUUUUGAUUAAUUAAAGAAGGCAAUAGAGAAAAGUUAAUUUAAUAAUGGGAUAUUACAUGAAAUUAAUGAAGAAUUAAAAUGUAAAAAUUGAAUUAUUUUUAGAGAUUAAAAAUGUUAAUGAAAAUUAGAAACUAUUUAUAGAGAAUUUUGAUAAAGCUUAUUAAGAUUAUUUAAUUAAUAAUUAAUUGGAGUAAUUUAAUAAUUAAAUUCAUUCAAUGUAAAUUUGUAAUUAAAUGUAGUUGUUUAGAAUAUGAUGAAUAUUAAAGUUAUUAAAAUUAAAAUAACUAAUUAUGCAGUUAUUCAACAGAUAAAUAAAGUAAUUAAAUAUCUAGAACUAUUAGUGUAAUUUAAUUCUUAUUUAUUAUAGUCUUAAAAUUCUCAAAAUAAAAGUAAUUAAUCAAUAGAACUAUUGCUCUAAGAAAAUCAAAUAAUCUAAACUCAAAUCUAGAAUUUUGAAAUACACAAAGUCUCUACUAAAAAUCAAGAUUAAUAUUAUUGA